GUGCGAACAUAUUGAAUGGCUUAACAGUGCUAUCAUAAAUAAUCAAAUUAUUCAAUAUGAUUAUAAGAUAUUUAAUAACAUAAUACCUAUCGGACGUGGUUCAUCCGGAGAUGUUUCUAGUGCAAUAUCCCCUGAAUUUAAAGAUAAAGUAGCCUUAAAAUCUAUUAAAAUUAAUCCUUCUUAUACAAUAGAAUUACUAAUUAACGAGCUUAAGCAACAUAUUCAUGUUGGUUCACAUAAUAAUAUUUUAAAUUUCUAUGGAAUAACUAAAAAUGAGCCAAACGAAUUUAUACUAGUUCUUGAAUAUGCGAAUAAUGGUACUCUUAAAGAGUAUUUAUGCGAGAAUUUUGACGUAUUAAAUUGGGAUAAUAAACUUCACAUUGCAACACAACUAGCUGAUGCUAUAAAGUUUUUACAUUCACAUGAUAUAAUUCAUAGGGAUUUGCAUUCCGAAAACGUACUCAUUCAUAAUAAAAUUGUAAAGCUUGGUGAUUUUGGAAAUUCAAAAUUUAUUGCAGAUCCAUCAAUUCAAUUAACGAAGGCAAUUGGAUCGCUAUGUUACUCGGAUCCCGAAUUCCUUAAAAAAAAACCAGUUCAUGGAACACCAAAAGAUUACGCAUUCAUUUAUGAAGGUAAGGUUGUAUUUAAUCUUGAAAACAUUAAUAUAAAUAAUGUAAUAUCUGUUGACGAAAAUGAACUUGAUGAAGAUAUAGAUAAUAGCAAAUUAAUUACAACUAAUCUUGACAUUAUUCAAAAAUUAAUUAGCGAAAUUGAUGAAGAUUCUGAUGCUUAUCGUAGUUUAAGUGAGGCUUUAAGUUCAGCAUCAAUUGCUGAAACUUUAAGUUCAAAAUCGAAUAUUGAGGCUUUAAAUUCUACAUCAAAUAUUGAUAAAAAUUUAAAUUCUACAUCAAAUAUUAGUGAGAUUUCAAAUUCUACAUCAAAUAUUAGUGAGAUUUCAAAUUCAGUAUUAAAUAUUGAAGAACUAGAAAUGUACGAAU